AUAUUAAAACGUUUAUUUUUUGAUUUUACUUUUUUGACAAAAGUUUAUUAAAAGAUAUUGGAAUUUAGUUCUGCUUUAUCUUGUAUAAUGACAUCGUCUUCUUUCCUUCACUCUUGCGGAAAUAUUAAAACGUUUGGUUUUUGAUUUUACUUUUUUUUACAAAAGUUUAUUGGAAUAUAGGGGAAUUUAGUAGAGUUUUAUCUUGUAUAAUGACGUCCUCUUAAUUAUUUCCUUCACUCCUGCAGAAAUAUUAAAACGUUUGGUUUUUGAUUUUACUUUUUUUAAGUUUAAGUUUAUUAGAAUAGAUAGGAAUUUAGUUGAGUUUUAUCUAUUAUAAUGACGUCCUCCUCUUUUUCGUUCACUUUACUGACCUAUAGCUUCUACUGGUUCCUUUUCUCUGGCACACACUUGAUCCAAAUCGGAUGCAAAUUUGGGAUGUUCCUUCAAACAACUCCGACGUUGUAUCAUCUGUCAUCUAAAAAUUUUCUUCUUGCGCUUGCUGUGCAUCGUCUAUCCCUUCCAACGUGAGCGUGUGUGGUUCGUUACUUUUGCCUGCAGGUCCGUGACCUCCCUCGUUCGAGGCUGCGGCGUUGUCAGUUGUGCGGCACUUGCGGCACAUUUUAGGAAAACGAUAUUCCUGAAUAAAUGUCGCCUAAAGCACGGGAGGCGCAAGUUUAAUACCAAAUUGCAAGAAAUUUUACAUACAAAAUUAGUAAUUAAUUGCGUUUUUUUUUUUAAAGUUAUAGGUUUAUAAAGUCAAAAUUACGAAAUAAGUGCAAAUAAAAUAAAGACAUUUAAUUCCAACUUUUAUUAUCAUUCUGUGAAUGAACAAUUUGAUUUAGAAAAAAUGUAUUUUAGUGUAACCCAAAUUAGCCUUAAGUAUAUAGCUUUAUUUUAUUUAUAGUUUUGGGAUUAUGGGUUUUCGUUAUAGACCCACGCCCAAGUAAACAAAAAUAAUCAAACACGUUUUGCUCGAAAAAUUUCCAUCGCGUCCGCCAACAAAAAAUUGCCAAUUAAAAGAUACAAGCAGUUUUGUAAGCAAUUUUAAUUUGAUUAAGUAAAAUGCACGGAGAAGUUGUCUCGUGUCGUACAAUAAAGUUUGUUUGUCUAUACUUUGUCUUAUGGUCUGUGACUUUUGCAACGGAUCUAUUCCAUUCUGUGCUGCAACUUACGAACACGAACAAUGUCAUCUAAUUAAUAUUAUGAAAUUAAUAUACUAUACCAUAAAUACUAGCGGAAUAGUUGCCAGUUGCAAUCCUAAAAGUUAUUUCUGUAGAUAUAACAUGUACGGAAUCUAUAUAGGCACCUGAAAAAACCAUACGUAAAACCAGCAAACAACUGCUGACUGCAACUUUUACUGAAUUAGAAGUUUUCGUUCAAAAUAUCUGGAAUCGUAGCGUGUGCGCGCUGGAAGAAGCGAUUUUAUCAUCGAGGACGUGGCAACGUCUACCGUCCGCCCGACCUAUUUCCGCGACGAGACCAAUGGCGGUGCACAUCGCGACGACCGUCGCGAAGGCGCCCGUUCUCCUCUCCCGCCGUGCGUGCAUAAUAUUGAAAGUAUUCACGCGACGCACACGGCACAAACGUCGAAACACACGCAGCGCAAAGUGCAACCCGCGUAUGUACGCGUGCGACACGCGAGCACGUACAAAGUUCCGUGCAAUUUUCUUCGCUCCAAACAGAAACCGACGACCAUUUAUUAUUCAGCGAAAACUUUGGCGGAAGUGAGGAGUUUGUUUUGUUUGUUUGGGAUGUCUUCGGGGGAGUCUGUUUCGGUAAAGAUGCCUCGACGCAUUUCGCGCGUUUACGUGACGUCACCGCUUCUGCUGCGAUUAGUGAACCCAUGCUUAGGCAACCGCUGAUUAUAUUGAUCGAUAUUGGUAAAGCCUUAAUAAAAUGCAGAUCAUGGAAGACGUGCGGGAGGGGUGCGACGUUGUUCAUCCUCCGUCUCCUGGUCACGCCGAUGAUCGCGGCGUCGACGAAUCUCAAGCCGUUAAAAAGGAAAAUAUCAACCAGAACGGCACGAAUAGCAGUGAAAACGAAGAGGAGCGCUGCAAGGAGACCGUGGUGAAAGAGGAAACGAUCGAUAAAUCUGACGGAGAAUGCGAGGAUAAAAAUAAAGAUACCACCCCGGUAUCGGAGAACCACAAGCGUAAACUGGACGAAGAUGAUACGCCGUUGAAACGACUAAAGAGCGAGAUCCAGGAGAAUUUCGCUUCCAGAGACAAGAUCUUCAACGACUUCAUCGAAAUCACGCAGUCCAACAAUUUGGAGCAGAUUACCGUGCUGAGCGAACAAACGCUAAGCGAAAUUAAGGCCUUGAACGAGAUGGCAAAGGAAAAGGAGCGUGAAUGGAACCAUCUGAUCCAUUUGAAGAAACUCAAAGAGGAGCUCUUGAUCAGGUUGCAACGCAAGAGGCAAGUGAUAGUGUUGAACGACACGAAUCUAGGGGAUAUCGCCUUGGAUGGUCUCAGUCAACAGAGCGUGCUCAAAUCGAAUCAGAAAACGAACAUCCUUCGAUCCAGCCUGGACAAGCCCGUCCAGAAGGGCAAUUUUCCCAAGUCUCAGUUCGACAUCAACAGCGCGUUAGACUUCAGACAAAAACAAAGGCCAAUUCUUGACGUACAGUCCAUCAUAGCGGACUACAGGCAGAAGCAUCCAGAAUCGGUGCCGAGAAGAGGUAGGAGAAUAAGACAUCCUCAGUGUGAUGGCAAAACUAGUAUUUUGGGAUUUUCAGGUGGAAAUUACAGUGUCAAUCAGAAAGUAUCGGACGCGCCUAACGAUAUGGGACUGUUGCUCAAUACAAUAAACGGGAGCCGUGAAAACUCGAGGUCCUCGCAACCGGACCCAACUUUCGGUCAGGACGUCACCUCGUUCAAAGACAUUCUGGUGCAGUUUGCAAAGUUGUCGCAAAACGAGAAAAACGAGCUGCAAAUGCAUUUGCAGCACGUCAGCAGACCGCCACCGCCGUAUCCGGAGGUGACGGUCCAUCCCGUCAGCACCACCAACACCGUCGCCCCGACGAAUUCCCUACUGCACGGAAUUUUGACAAAUACGGCCACCAAGCAACACCAUCAAAACAACGGUAGUUCAAAUGUCCCGAACGGCAACAGCAAAACUUCAUUUAGUCCUACGCUUGCGCGCCUGCUCACAGCACCGGAACGCUGCGGAAGCAAUCAUAUGAUCUCGACCCCCACCAUCAGCACGGGCGGUUUAUUGCAGGGCAGCAACAUGUCAAUAUCGGAGAUCUUGUCGACGAGCAAGGCAAGAAACGAGAUAACAAUAACACCCGUGAGCGGCCAAUAUGAGUCCUCAUCAAAAGAGGAAUCUAUUGUCGAAGAAGAAUGCGAGGAAGGAGUUGACCGAUUGGUCAUCGACGAAAGUUCCGAAGUGUUAAGCUGUCGAAAGGACGACACUAGCUCAGACGCAGGCGACGACGUUCCCCAAUGCCAGGGUUGUAAUCAGAAGGCCGCCCAAUUCGUGUGCGCCGGAUGCGGAAAUCAAUGGUAUUGCAGUCGGGAUUGCCAGGUGGCCGCAUGGGACGAACAUUCGGAAGUGUGUUCGGGAUAGUCUCGUACAAUGUUGUCGUUAAAAAUGCGUACCUGGCAACAAGGAGCCUUCAACUAUAAUAGUUUGCAUUGACUUGCUUUCAAAACCAAAGAAAUCCAAAGUUAUUUGAGGUCGUAGCCGCCUCCCCCACCAUUUGUCUUCCACAUAGCUUCUGGCGCUCCUCGUUUUCCCAAAGAAGAAAAGGGUUCUGGAAGUCAAUCGAAGAGAAUCGCUGAUCGAUCUGCGAGGUGUUACUACAAACAAAAACUAUGAUAUGCCGAAUUUUGUCAAGUCUCCUUAUUACUUUUUAUUAAUACUAGUCAGUAUUUAAGUUAGGAUAAACAAUGUUGGUUUAACUGUAUGUGCAAGUGCCAUUGUAUGUUCUUUGUAAAAAUAUUUUUGCGCGGGAUGGAACCAUUAAGCCAUAUUUUCUUCAAAAACUGUUUAGUUAGCUGGAUAAUAUAUCUUAUUCCAACUCGCGCAAAUUACAUAGUAUGGGAUAGUAUUUAGCCUAAGAUUUACCGUUUUUGUAAGAUAAAUUUCUGUGAUAUCUGCUUAUGGAUAAAUGCUGAAAUAAAGCCAGUAUCUUUUGU